AUGGUGAGCCAGCGGCAGAGGAUGGCGAGGAAGCGCUUCAAGGAAGCGAAUCCCCACCUGUUUCCGAAGCCGGAGCCGCCCUCCGAGGAUGCGGGUUCCAAGAAGAAGAAGAAGAAGAUUUUCAGAAAAACCCUAAAAAGAGGGGUUGCGAAGCCGGGGAGUGGCCGCGGCAGCGACCGAUUCACUGGGAGUAAGCACCCCCUGAGGAUUCCCGGUUGGAAGCCUGGGGAGGCUUGCUUUGUCUGCAAUGCUAAUGAUCACAUCGCCAAGGCGUGCCCUCAAAAGGCCGAGUGGGAGAAGAAUAAGGUCGGUUCCUGCACUUCACAAGGCGUGUCUCUCUCCCUCUCUCUCUCGAGUUUUGUUUUUUCUCAGUAGAUUUGGUCAAUGUUUAGCCACUUGGGGAGGGUUUUUGGCCUGUGCUGUGUGUUCUGGAUCGUGGAUUGGUAGUUGAAUCAAUUGGAACCUUUCUCUCCCUGUAUCUGCUGCCAAAUCUAACAUAUAUCACAGAAGGAUUAUCUCUAGGAAGUCCGUGACGCUUCAUAGAUCGUUGUAGAUUAGUUUCUGCCUAACUUAGCACUUAAAUGUGGCGUCUCAAGUGAACUUGCGGUUUCCUUGACGCAACAAAGCUCUAUCCAUACCCUUUAAUGAUCGGAUGCUUUGACCUUUUCAGUCCUUCGUGUCUAGGUGUGAAAACAUUCCCUUAUCAUUAUUCACAUAGUGUUAUCAUUUAUGUUGCUAAUGAUUUUGCUGAAAUUCGGCUAUGCUUAUCUUGUUAAACAUGCAAUAAAUGUGCAAAAAAAAUCAUGAAUAUUUCUCUUCAUCGAGUACCUUGUGCUUAUCUUGGAUAGCCCUUUCGUUAUCGAGCGAAGAUGGAAUAUCUGAUUGAUGGUGGCAUAACUCUCACGCAGAUCUGCUUGCUCUGUCGUCGACGUGGCCACAGUCUUAAAAAUUGCCCGGAUAAAGGUGAAGACAGCGACAAGAAAUUGUGUUACAACUGUGGAGAGAUUGGACACUCCCUCAACAGGUGUCCUCAACCGCUUCAGGAUGGUAAGUUGUCUGAACUUACUGUUUUUGAUACUGCUCAGUCUUUUCCCAUGAUAUUCUCUUACAGUGUAUGCUGAUUAUUCGCAGAAUCUAGAAUAUGACUCAUAAUGAUGAUAAACAGGUCAAUCACUAGAUGAUUAGAACGGGAUUUAUGCCCCUUAGAGUAGACUGCCGAAAAGCAUUAGAACAGAGUGAACUAGUGAUUUUGGCUCAGAUUCAAGGAGAUGAUGGCUCAGAUCUAAUUACCAUGACUCUUGGGCACAUUGGAAGCAUGAUUUAUGUUUGAAAAAUAGUUCAUUGUUCUUCUUUUUACGCCUUUGAAAGUGAUGUUUCUAGCUCUAUGCGGAAGGAAGCAAUAGAUUUUAGGAAUCACUCGGGUGUUUCAGUGGGCAGAAAUAUUCUUGAAAGCUACAAUUUAAGACCUCAAAAGUGCCAUACUCCUGUUCAUCUCAGUAGUCACUGUCUCCUUUGCAAUUAUUUCAUCUGUCUUUCUUUUUUGUUACUUUAUAGCCAUAAUGGUGCUUGUGAAUUGUUACUACUCUAUUUUUUCUUUUCCCACCUUAAGCUUAUGAUGUAUCCUUGCCAGAAAAUCAAGUUGGUAUUGCUGCAUGGCCUAUGUUGUUCUGGUUAUCAUCGUUUUGAUACUUCUCUACUCCAUAUAGGGGGCGCAAAAUUCGCCAGCUGUUUCAUCUGUAAUCAGCAGGGGCAUCUUAGCAAGAAUUGCCCCAAAAAUACUCAUGGGAUCUAUCCAAAGGUAUUGACCACACCUUUCUGAUUGUCUAUUCUAUAAUGCAUAAGUGCGAUAAUACAACCGGUUUUGACGCCGUCGUGGCCUUUUGACCAAUAGUAUCUUCUGCUCGUCACCAUAGUCAUCAAAUAUUGAUAGCUACUCAACGUUUUUUCCUUCAGCGAGUAAAGCUUCAUGUUUACAGGCAUUGCUUAAUGUUCUUCUGUGUGAAGUUGAUAAUCCCUGCCCAUUUUAAUAGUCUUUAGUACUGUUUCUCAAUUCCUACUACCUUUCUCUCUCCAUUUUGAUCCCGUCGUCUUAGUUUUAGUUAGUUUGUAAUUGCUUCAGGGUGGCUGUUGUAAACUGUGUGGAGGAGUGACACAUUUAGCCAGGGACUGCCCAGAGAAAGGCAGCAGAGGGGCAGCUGCUUUUGGAUCAGAAAGUAAACGUAAGUUCUCUGCCUGCUAACCGUUGACUUAACGUGUCCCAGUUCCACUUCUGUCUUCAUAUCCCCGUUUACUUUUCGUUGUUGGCUGAUCAAUUCUGAGACAUUCUGGUUUUGACGUCUCCUGGUUUUCAUCUGUUCUUGUCAGUGAUUUUAUCUGUGCAUUUUUUAUGAAUAUUUCUUAUGAAUAAAACAAGAGGCCUUUGAUGAGAUUUCUUAAAAAAUUGGAUGAGCUGUGCCUCAUCAAACCAUUAGAAUGUGUGAACAUACUAGAAUGCGAGACCCUCCAUGAGAUUUGUACAGAAUUUGCCUCAUUUAUUGAUCUCAUGUGGGUCUGGUUCCGAGAUCACUGAAGAAAAGUUCUUGAUAUUGUCUAAUAUGUUCCAGCCGGUGAUCAUCCCAAGACAUGGCAAGGGAGCCGCGCAGUGUUCCGCAGUGGUGACGAUCUGGAAGACGACUUCAUUGUGGACGAGGGGCCACCGGCAACCAAGAAACCCAAGAUUCCCAAUCUGGAAGUUGAUCUGGUUGCCAGUAAUGUGGAUGCCAAGAGAAAGAAGGGCCCAAAGGUGGUGAAUUUCCUGGGUUGA